GUUUCGGCUUUGCUGGUUUUACUCCUUCCACGGUUUUCCCUUGAAGCUCCUGUGAACAAGCGGGAAGUGUCUGCGAGAACAAAAGAUGUUUUACGAUCAAUGUAUAAUUUCUGCCACUCGAAAAAUUUAAUGGAUUUGACUCGGAAGACAAAAGAGGCCUAUGUAAGUGUCCAAAAAAAUCUCUUUAAACUUUGCAUUUGUUUACAGGCAUUUACCAUUACAUAAUCGACCUUAAAGCGAUAAAUUUUACCAAACAGGAUUCAUCCACCGGUGUAAUGUAAUAUUGAUGUUAGAGUCGACCACAUAAAUGAUGUCAAAAUGUCGAAGUUUAAUAACUCAAGUGGAACCACGAGUAGCAGGCGAGUUGUCACACGGCAAAGUUUUGAACAUUUUGUAUUCCUAGACAUUUUUUUCUCCGAACAGAUCGUUUUAAAGACCAUGUGAUCUAAGGAAACGACAGGAUCUGGGAGCGAGUAGUCUAAGGUCUAUGUCGUAUUUCCUUAUCCGGAACCUGACCCAACUUACCAACCAAUGAGCUAAAUUCUCGUUCAAGAACGCGCGUUGAGUUUAGGCUGCGGUCUUACUGACGUCGAACGCAACAAGCAAACAUAAAAACAAAAUUCAAACGAAAACAAUAGUUAAUGAAAUAUUUAACAUUUUGUUUCAUUCAUGUUCUCGUUUAGGCGAAAGAACACUUUGGGGACCCUUUGGAGUCCAGACAGGUUGACAUCAAUGGAAUUGAACCACUGAGCAACUCUACGGAAUGGACAGUAAGUUUCUUUUAGUGAUCUAGUUGUUUUCAAUUAUAAUGUUUUUUAGUUGAAAAUAUAUUCCUCCUCAUUUAAUUUGUCACCGUACUUUUAUAAUGAGGUGACUCCUGAUUCAGUGGGUGUAUAAGGAAUUAUCGGAGUUAUUAGCUCUAAGGCCCGGUUCAGAUGCCGCACUUUUUAUGAGCCGAACCUUAUUCGAAUUGAGGAUUAGACCGGCUAAAUUGAUUCAGAUGCCGAUCUUAAUUCCCGCCGAACUAAAUUCCGAAGGCGAAAAACGCGCAUUUCAGUCAAACUGCUUACACAAUACGUUAUAAGAAUUGAUGCAUUAGGUUCGGUACAUGAAAAGUUCGGCGUCUGAAUCAAAGACGUUCCAAAGUCGAUCCAAAGGCGAAAUUUCCGGCCGGGCUAGGCGAAAAGAGCGGCUGAGCCUUUCCAAAUUGAAACAGGCGUUCCUAAUUGAUUCAGACGCCGAACUUUUCAUGUACUGAAUUCAAUGUUCGGCUCAUGAAAAGUACGGUGCCUGAACCGGACUUAAGAGGAAAUACCGACCUCCCAAGUUUGAGCAUGUACCUCAACGUUAGCAUUAACACAGUAUUUGUUAAAAAAAGGUCACCAUUAAGAUGAAGUUGCCGUUUGUCAUAAAAUUUAAAAACUAUUGACGUUGGAUUUUUUAAAGCAACGUAAUUGCCUACCGCCCCAUAAUAGUAUAAUUUGAAAAAAUUAUAGGGACCCUGUCUGUAUUAAGAGCUCAAGGGAAUAGCUCAGUUUAGCCGAUAUCGAAACGCAAAAGGUCCUUGCCUUUUGAAUUUUACCCUGGCACUAAGUACGGCAUACAGUCUAUUAAGUCCUUUUGAGUCCAUCUUCUGAAUUGCUCUCAAAAAAUGUGUUCCUUAUUACUUUCAGGUACAGCUGUUUGUUUCAAAAGCAUUCAAACAACUCUCCAUAUUUCACGCGAUCUUCAAAAACCUUUUGGGCCACUUGAAUCAGAUUAACGAGAAGCACAAGAUCGUGAAUAAGACCGAGGCUAUGAAUGAAAAGGUGAAAGAGCUGAAACGGCUGGCAAGAAUCGCUGCGGUAAGUGAUGCAUUUACAAUCAUUUUAGCUUAAUUUGACUGUUUGUCAUUAUUUAUAUGUUUCAAAUUCGCUCAGUCUCUGACUUGUCCCCCGUUUACUCUUUGUCCUUGUAUCCUUCCAAUCUUCCUCCGCACGCAUUUUUAUCUCGCUUCUCUUGUACGUAAAUAAGGACCUUUAGAUUCUAAGACGAAGACGACUACGAGUACGAGGUUUUCUCAAUACUGAGUAGUGCUUGCGCAUGAAUCAGUGUCAUCUUGGCGGGAAAACACGGUGGCCUUUCUACUACGGUUUUAGCCAGAAUGUCGUGAUUGCAAACACUAUAAUUUUUAUCAUUUUACGAUGAAAAAAGGGCUUAGUCCUGCUUUAAUACAGAUUACCGUGCUAAUUUUUCUGGUGAAUAACAGUACAAUGAGGCCUUCCGGGAUAUCUAUUUUUUUUGAGAAUACGUAAACUUUUUUAGGCUAAAUCUCGUCCUCCAAUCUAAAGGUGUCCAAUAGAGCUAAUCCUUAUUAGAAGCGGAAUUGCACCCAAAAACCCACUGCGACUACCCCGUUAAUACAAACACCACCUGUUAUUUAGUAUCUCUAGUCGAUAACUUUCCCACAUGUUUUGCCUAAUUGAUACGACAGACGGCAAAUGACUGCUGGGAAAACCGAAAUAAUCCAUUCAUUAUGUAGUAAAACCCUUUAUUGAUCGUUAUGAUUAUUUCUUUAGAUUUUCGAGUUUGGUAAAUCCAUGGCCCAUAGCAACUCUUUAUCGGUAGCUACCUCAUUAACGCAACAAACAGCUGUUUGGACCAAGUCUGCCUUUCGACAAGAAACCUGGAUACUUGGAGUUUUAAGAGAGUUUGAUAUCUGCUUACGCUAUCUGCAGCCGGCGUUUUUGGAGUUUUCAAACCGAUAA